UUCAAACCAGCCACUGUGCAUCAAAAGCAAUUCCUAAACUACCGGACUGGGAAUGCGUCAGAAAGAGGUCAGCUCGGCCCUCGGUGCUAGGUGUCAAUGGGUGAAAGAAAACCCGUGAAGAUAUGCAUUUGUGUGUCUGUUUGUGUUUGUGUGUGUGUGUGUGUCUCGGGGCAGAGGGACGCUUGAUGUGUCUGUGGGUGUAAACAUCACCUGACUGAUUCAAGCAUACCGAGACAGGACAGUAUAAAGGCACACAGGUGGCGGUCAACAGGGAUAAGGGGAGGACACACCUAGGCUGCCUCAAUCAGCUGUGAACAAGAACGGCAGAGACUGAGAAGGGAAGACUACCAUUCACCAACCUUUGGAAGUGUGGAACUUUUCACUAGGGUUCUCGACUUGCAAAAAUGUGUGGAUCCAUUAAAAAACGCAUCGAGGACCGUCUGGCAGAAAGAAGAAGUCAGAGGACCAGACUAGUAACCAAAGAUGGCCGCUGUAACAUUGAGUAUGGAAACAUCAAGUACAGCAAUCACUUUGCCUUCCUGGCCGACUUCUGGACCACCUUUGUGGAGAUCCGGUGGCGGUUCGUCCUCUUCUUUUUCAUUGCCUCAUUCACCCUCAGCUGGUUCAUUUUCGGCCUUCUGUGGUACUGGAUUGCCCGCAGUAAUGGAGACCUGACUUGGCAAAACCCACCUUCAGACCACACUCCAUGUGUUGACAACGUUGGAGGACUCACCACCGCAUUCCUCUACUCCCUUGAAACACAGACCACUAUUGGUUACGGUGGGCGAGCACUCACCCCUGUCUGCCCCGGUGCUGUGGCCCUCCUCAUCAUCCAGUCGCUCAUCGGUGCAAUUAUCAACUGCUUCAUGUGUGGAGUCAUCCUGUCCAAGAUCUCUUUGCCUAAAAAGAGGGCUAAGACCAUCUCAUUUAGUGACAUGGCUGUCAUCAGCCCCAAAAAUGGCUCUCUUUGUCUGUCAAUUAGAGUUGCCAAUUUGCGUAAAACCCUGAUGAUUGGAAGUCAGAUCUAUGGCAAGCUGUUGAGGACAACCGUCACGCCAGAUGGGGAGACAAUCAUCAUGGAUCAAGUGAACAUUGAGUUCAUGGUGGACGCCGGGAAGGACAACCUCUUCUUCAUAUGCCCACUCACGCUGUACCACGUCAUUGACAAGAGCAGCCCCUUUUUCGAGAUGGCCGUGGACACACUCCACACGCGAGAGUUUGAGCUGGUUGUUUUCCUAGACGGCACAGCUGAGUCCACAAGCUCGUCCUGCCAAGUGCGAACCUCCUUUAUUCCUCAGGAGAUUAUGUGGGGCUACAACUUCUUGCCCAUCAUCUCCAAAAGCAAGGAGGGCAAAUAUAGAGUUGAUUUCUCAAACUUCUCCAAAGUGGUUCCAGUGGCCACUGCACACUGUGCCUACUGUUUCCAUAACAUCAAGGGUCACCAUCACUACUCCAUAGAUGGAAAUGACAACCAGGGAUUUGAGGUAAUUGAAAUCGGCGAUCCUCCAAAUGUCACAAAGAUGUGAGAUGGCGGAGUCACUGAAACUGAGACUGGUAGAGGUUUGAAACUCUCAAUAAUAAGUCCCUCAAGGACAGGUGCUGGAGGCCGACAGAGUUAUGGCCGACUUAUGGAAUGGACUUAUGGAAUUUAAAUAUGAAGUAAAGAAGCCUACGUAUUUGUUGUACUUUUGUGUUUAACACAGAUAAGAAAGACGUUUGUGGAGUCAGGAGAGUUAAUGCUGAGUUGUUUAUAUGUAAAAGCACACCUGCCACUGUGCUGACUGAAAACCUGCUUUCGAAAGGGAGGCCAGGUCAUCUAAGAUGGUGAAUUCUCAAUGGAUGAUGAACGGACACAACGUUUUCCCAAUGACUUGCACAUGAAAUAGUCACAGAUGCUGUGUGCUCUAUUUUUUUAUGAAGAUGAUUGAUAUAUAGAGUAUGCAAAAGUAGAAAUCCUAAGGACAUGUAUUAUCCUCUGUGUAUAUCUUACUUGAAGUAUCAGUGUUGGGAGCCGUGCUAGUGUCAUUGGUGAGAAUGGGAUUUGGAAUUUUGUUCAGUGUCUUUAAUUUAGCCUUAAACUGCUGUGAACAAGUAACACACUUGAACUUAACUCAUUCUAAUAUGCUCAACUAUUCAGAUACUGAAGCACUACCAGAGGUCGGGCUGCGGGUCCAGUCUUUUCAAACAGUGUGAUGUAAAGUGAUACAGUUGCGAUUUUGUACUUGAGUGGAGACACUGUGAGAGAUCAAAGCCCUCAGGAAACACUUAAAAUAUGGCUGCAAGAACUACAGUAUGAAACUCAGUUCUGUUUGUAAAGUCUUUGUUUUGUAUCAAACUCAGGGUGGAAAAUAAACUGAAAUAAAAGCUAUUUUUGCAUUCAAGAA